AAUAUUAAACAGAUGAAUCUGUCAGAAUCAAAGUUAUCUUUUUGUAUUUCUAAAUGGUAGAAAUGAUUAUUAGAUAAAAUCUUGAAAUUCAGGUAUUUAAGGAGUGAAAAACAAGUUUGCUAUUAGUUGUCGAUUUACAAAUCAUUUGUGAAUACAUUUACUUUAAUAAACAGUUAACCUGUUAACCAUCAAAAAUGAAACAAUUUUUUGUUCUCUGUGUUUUCUCAUUAUCAUUUGCUCCAGUCUUUGAAACUAGAGAUCUAUCUCAACAUAAUGCCAUCAGGACUUUUAUUGCACCAGCAGGUUGUCCUGAGCCCACUCGACUCCCUCAACCAUUUGACCUAGCAAAAUACCUCGGUGAUUGGUAUGAAAUAAAGUCAACUGGACCAAUUUUUGAGUAUGGUCUCCGUUGUACUCAAUUUAAUUACAAAUUGGACAACGCUACUGGUAACAUUGCUGUCAACGAAACUGGCGUUAUUUUUUCUGGGCAAAAAUUUUCCAGUCUUGGAGUUGCAGUACCAUCUGCACAAGACAACGUCUACUCAAUCAAAUUUCCUAAUUACGCAACUUACGGACAGUAUUGGGUUGUUGACACUGAUUAUACCAAUUAUGCCUUAGUUGUUUCCUGUUACACUGCAUUCUCACAUGAUGUUUGGAUACUCUCAAGAAAACCAACAUUGGACGAUGGUAUUGUCGAAAAGUUGGUUGCUAAAUUAGACUCGGUUGGAAUUCAUAACACUAAACUCUCUGAAACAAUCCAGAAUUGUUGAUUUAAAUCAUAUUAUUAGCGAUCAAAUUUGAACCAAAUUAAGAGCUAAUGUAUCCUAACCUCCGAACAAUAUUUACUACCAAGCAUUGCAAAUUAUGCUCCAGAUCGAUCUAAAUGAUAAAUUCUGUAACCUUUAAAUAUAAGGUAAUAAACGUUCAUUUCAAAAAGA